GGGGGGGGGACCGGGGCGGGGCGGGGCGGGGCCGGACGCGAUCGCAAUCGCUGCUCCGCCGCCGCCACCGGCGCCGCGCUGCCGCUCGCGGAAGUGGCACCGCCCCCACGCGACCCGGAAACAGUUCCCCAUCCCGACCGGAAGGGGCGGGGCUUGCCUCCGCCAGAGGCCCGGAAGUGGCGCUCGGCACCCGGAAGCGGCGGCCGGGAGAUGGCGGAGGCGGCCGAGGUGUCGGAGGGCUGCCGCCUGCCCGUGCUGCGCCGCAACCAGGACAACGAGGACGAGUGGCGUGAGCGGGGCGGGGCUUGUGGGGAGGGGGCGGGGCUUGUGGGGAGGGGGCGGGGUUUGGGGAGGGGCGGGACGCGAGGGGAGGGGCUGGGGGGAAGGGGGCUGGAGAGGGAGUGGGCGUGGUUUGGGGAGUGGGCGGGGCUUGGGGAAAGGGGUAACCCUGUAUCUCCCCACCUCCCAGUCAACAAGCGCCUGGACGAAUGGGUGACCCCCGAGCGCCUGGACCUGCAGCGAGUGCAGGGACCCCGCAAGGAGGCCAAAACCCCCACCAAGAAUGGGCUGCCCGGCUCCCGGCCUGACUCCCCUGAGCGCGACCCGAGGAAGAGCCUGGAGCUGCCGGCGGCCCCCGCCAGCGGGAAGAGCCUGCCGGGGCCACCGGGGCCACCGGGUUUGGGGUCGGGGCCGGUGCCCCUCACCCUCCGCUUCCACCUGCCCCAGGAGAACGUGGCUGAGCCCCCCCCGGCCCCCCCGCCCGGCACCCAGCGCCCCACGGUA